GCAGAGAGACCGGCCAGCGCUGCUGAGCCUCCUGGGUUUCAAACUCGCGAGCGUGCUGCGCGACCCACCGCGGGACAGGACUCCAGCCAAACAAAACGCCGCAAGCCACCAGAAGCCAUCAUACGAAUGUCGAACCGCGGCGGCCUGCGCCUGGGCUUCGGCGGCAAGCGGACGAAGCGCGCCGCCAAGAAGAGUGAAGGCACGCACCUCACGCCACGAAAGGACGAGCCCCUGACCGUGCGCUGCGCCAAGAGCCUCGCCGAGGCCCUGAGCGAGCAGAGCGAUGACGUCGAGGAGUGGGGCGCCGUGGUCUGCUCCUGGCCGGCCGCGGCUUUAGAGAGAGUCUUGCCGUUGCUGCCGGCGCGCGUGUUACUGAGAUUGCACGCGGCGUUUGGCGGCAUCAGCCCGGCGGCGCACGACGUUUUAGGUGAUGGCGCCGUCCUAGAAAGGGCGAUCCAGCGCGACGAAAAGCGCGAGAACGGCCUCGUGGACGUCUUCGCGGGGGACGCGGCCGGCGCGCCCUGGACGGCGCAGCCACCUAGAGGGGUAGCCCCGGAACAAUUGCUGUUCCACCAGCCCCACAAGCCCGAGGUUGGUUCUAGGGCGACAUGCGACGACAUCGACGCUUUUCGAAGAGCCUUCGACGUGUUUAGUGGCGGGUUACUACGAGGCCUGGACUUCAAGAAAUUAGGGUUAGUGGCGGCGGGCGGGUCGAUCCUGGCCUGCGUCUCGCCGCGACCGGAGAAGGCGGACGAGGACCUAGUGGGGUGGCUCGAGCCUCGACCCGUCUCCGUCGUGCCGGGCCGGCACCACGUCGAGUCCGAUGCGAGGACUUUAAUCAGAGACCAGGAGGCGUCGCCCUUCUGCACGUCGUCGGACGUGGAUUUGUUUUUAGUCGGCUGCGACGAGCAAAGGGCGUUCGACGCCCUCAGGGCGGUGCACGAGACGGUUCUGAGGAACGCGUGCUGCCGCGUCGCCUGCGUGCGGAGCGCUUCGGCACUCACAGUCUCCGCGGGCUUUCCGCGGAGGCACGCGCAAGUCGUGCUGCGCUUGUACGCGUCGCCGGCCGCUGUUUUAGCUUCCUUCGACGUGGACGCCUGCUGUUUUGUUUACGACGGUGAGCGAGUCUUGGCGUCGGCUCGAGGGCUGCGAGCUUUGAUUGAGCGGACGAACCGCGUCGAUCCAGCGAGGCGGUCGCUGACGUACGAGUCGCGGCUGAUCAAAUACGCGUUGAGGGGCUUUUCGGUCUUCGUGCCGCCGCGCCUCUACAAACCGAGUGCCGUGGAUCCGCGGGUCUACGAUUUGUGCCUGGCUUUGAGGGAGCACCAUCCCCGCUGCUUGGCCGCCACACCUCGCACGCCGGAAACGCCCGCGGGGCGACGCCUCGCGGCGGCGGCGGCUUUGCGCAGAACAAGGGACCCGGUCUUCGGCGACGGCGGCGAGAAGCCUAGUGGAUUGGUGAGGUUACUCGUCGCCUCGAGGUUGUACGCGCUGCGGAACGCGGCCGACGCCGAGGUCACGCAAACGAAAAAGAAGAAGGGCGUCGACGCUACUACUUCACUAAGGGACGUCCUACGACGAGGCUGGUGCUACAACCGCCAGAAGACGCCGCCUAUGCUCCCGGACGAGCCCCGCACCUUCUACUCGUCGCAAGGGCCGUGUCGCACGGAAGGCGACUUCACGGCCGAGGACGAGGCCCUCGAGACGGGCGGCGAGCAGGAUUCGACGCCGGGCCAACCUUUAUAUAGGUGUUCCUUGCCGUGGAAGCCGGGUUGGGACGCCGCUCGACUCUUAUCUUUUGUAAGGGCGCGCGACGAGGCCGCCGCCCAAGCGGAAAGAAUGAGGGAAGAUGGCGAGCACGAGUGGGCGCCGCCUCGGGUCCGAGCCGUCGCUCAAAGGAGCGGCGGCACGCUGCCCUCCGAAUAUGUGGCAAGUGCCUCCUUCGCGUUUGAUGAUGUAGUACAUGUCAGUGCUUUGAGAUGGAAGGCACCCUCUAGAUCUUUCUAUCCAGUACCAAUAGAGGGCUUCUCGGACAGCGCCCAUUUGAGUGAAGGCGACCCGCAGCAGUUCUACAAGUGUAUUAUACAGAGUGUGGGCCACGAGUGGGGCCCAGAUGAGAAACCAACACAUUACGUGAAGACGCGACCGUCCAAUAUACACCACGCCCAGCAGAUGUCCUACGCGGACUUUGCGAACCUGGGGUUGUUGCCGACCGCCUCGUACGUCGGUGGGGAACAUGCGACAGCUAGAGUCUUCGAGCCGGGCGUUGUUGUCAGGGCGGCACUCACCAAUGUAGAAGCGGGCGCCGUCAAAGUGUUUAGAGCGGCAGCUCGAGCGUUGGCGGCGGCGCCGGCGCCCGUCGUCGACAACCUCGAGACGUGGGCGGCGCCGGCGACGAACGGCGUGCAGGGGUCGGGCAUUCCCGUGGACGCGGAGACGUUGCUAGGUGCGGACGAGGUCCACAAAAACGCCUUGAAGGACAUGCCCGCUCCCAUCAAGACGCGGAUAAAUUCCGCGCUCCGAAAGCGAUGCGCGGGCAUCGCGUCGAGGAUCGUGAAGGAUCUGCCCGGCGGCGGGCCCGCCAAGGACGAAGAGUUAAAGAAGCGCCACGCCGAGCUCGUGAAGACGCAGGAGGGUUAUGAUGGGACACGGACGUGGUCCGAAGCUCAUCGCAGAAUAGUAAGGAAGACGUCGCUGGAGAUCGUCGAGACGUUGGAUGCGGAUGCACGUAGGGCAUUGGCCGCACCAAUCUUCGACGCUUAUGUGGACGUCGCCUUCGCUUUUGAAGCGGUCGCGUUGAAGACGGGCGCGCAAGUGGUCGGGGUGUGCGCGCGCUGCGCCGCGGUGCUCACGUCGAACCGCAAGUGCGCGCGGUGCAAGGUCGCGAACUAUUGCUCUAGGGACUGCCAGGCGCGGCACUGGGACACGCACAAGGCCACGUGUAGGAAGGCCGACGCGCCGCCUAGGCCUCCUGCUCCUCCCGGUGGCGCGCCGAUUGUACAAGCUGUAGGCCGCGCCGCGAAUCUCGAAGGCGCCGGGGCCGCGGCGAUGAACGAGCUCGAGACGCAGAUGCAGGGCCUGGCGCAGAUCUUGAGGGAAGGGGGCGCCGGCGCGGCGGACAUGCGUCGCGCGGUCGCGGACGUGCCGCAGGCGGGCUAAGUCAUAUACAGUUCUU